GUUGGCUUGAGAAGCGUGGCUACUGAGUUAGAAUAUCUCUUGAGCUACCAGGCAGCGUUGGAGGAAUGGAGAUCCCAGUAAUCAACCUAGGAGAGAUGGAGGGAGAAAGGAAGAGCAAAACAAUGUCACUUCUCCACGAGGCAUGCGAGAAGUGGGGGUUCUUCUGGAUCGAUAACCAUGGGAUUGAUGAAGAAUUGAUGGAUAAGGUCAAGGGACUGGUGAACCAGCACUACGAGAGGAGCAUGAAGGAAAGCUUCUACAGUUCAGAGCGGGCAAAAGAGUUGGGGCCUAAUAUCAAAGCCUCUGAUGUUGACUGGGAGUGCGGCUUCUUUUAUCGCCAUCAACCGGACUCGAACGUCAACGACAUUCCUGAACUACUUCGUGAAGCAAUGCAGGAAUAUGUUGCACAAUUGAUCAAGCUGGCUGAAAGGCUUGCAGAACUUCUGAGCGAGAACCUUGGGCUGGAGAAGGACUACUUGAAGAAGGCAUUCUCGGAGCCGUUUGUCGGGACAAAGGUGGCAAAGUACCCAAAAUGCUCUCAGCCAGAGAUGGUAAUGGGGCUCCGAAGCCACACCGAUGCUGGUGGAAUCAUCCUAUUGCUCCAGGAUGACAAGGUCCCAGGUCUCGAGUUUUUAAAAGAUGGGGAGUGGGUGGCGAUACCUCCAACAGAAGGUUACAGAAUCUUUGCGAACCUAGGUGAUCAAGUGGAGGUGGUGAGCAAUGGUACUUACAACAGUGUUCGUCACCAAGUCCUUGCUGAGAAAACUGGAAGCCGGUUAUCGAUUGCUACAUUCUAUAAUCCCGGAGGUAAUGCUGUCAUUUCUCCGGCUUCCAGACUUCUUUAUCCGAGCGGCUACCGUUUCCAAGACUACCUCAAUUACUAUUCCACCACUAAAUUUUCAGACAAGGUCGCUAGGUUUCAAAAUAUAAAGGAGAAGCUUGUGUCAUUACAGUAA